AUGUCUGCCACCCACACCGACCAUGCUCUCGCCCAUGAGCAUUUUGGGUCCGAACACAAGCCAUCGAACGUUGAGUCCGCCCAAGGGCUGUCGGACUACCAAGCAGCAGAGGAUCCAUCGGGAAAUCGCCAAAUUCGAGGCUUUAAGUACUUAAGUAUUCUAUCCAGUAUCUUUUUGUAUGCUCUCGACAACACGAUCGUUGCCGAUAUCAUCCCGGUAAGGGCCCAUGUUCAUCCCGGCCUCCGAGUGCGACUGUAUACUCAUAUUAUACCACAGGCUAUUGUGGAUGACUUUUCAUCUGUCGAUAAUCUGGGAUGGCUGACAGUCGGUUUCAACAUUGGCGGAGUGGCUGUGAUAAUGCCUCUUGGGAAGCUUUAUGGCCUUUUCGACGCGAAGUGGCUUUACAUUGGCUCGGUUACGAUCUUCUUGGCUGCCUCUGCGCUCUGCGGUGCUGCUCCCAACGUCGAUGGCGAGAUCGUUGGUCGCGUUUUUGCCGGUGCGGGCGGCAUUGGAAUCUACAUUGGUGUGAUGAUUCUCCUGUCAGUCAACACCGGUGAUCAAGAGCGGCCGAUGUAUCUCAGUUUGGUUGGCUUGAUCUGGGGAAUAGGUACAUUCCUUGGCCCUGUCGUCGGAGGUGCUUUCGAAAAGGUCACUUGGCGCUGGGCAUUCUACAUCAACCUUGUGAUUGGCGGUGCACUUUGCCCCAUUUGGUUCUUCCUGCUUCCUAGUUUCCAUCCAGCCAAACAUUUGUCGCUAGGCCAAAGAUUUCGGAAAUUCGAUUCUGUUGGCACAAUCCUAAGCAUCGGUGCAGUCGUUGCCACCAUGAUGCCCAUCAACUUCGGAGGCGUGCUAUACGCAUGGAACAGCGGACAGAUCAUUGCACUCUUUGUCGUUGCCGGUGUCCUUUGGAUUCUCUUCGCCGCACAGCAGACUUGGACUUUCCUCACCGGACCGCUCGACAGAAAGUUCCCUGUUCAAUUUCUUCGGAACAAGGAAGCGCUACUCCUUUUCAUUCUUGCUGCCGCGUGCAACGCCUCUACUUUUAUCCAGAUUUACUACAUCCCGAUCUAUUUCCAGUUCACACGAGGGGACAGCGCUCUUGACUCUGCAGUUCGGCUUCUUCCCCUUAUUUUCUUGCUCUGUGGCAUGGUUUUAGCAAGUGGAUAUCUCAUGUCCCGUUUCGGGUAUUAUAUGCCAUGGUACACUAUUGGAGCUGCCGUGGCUCUUAUUGGGAAUGUUCUUCUCUCGCAAAUCAAUGCUGGAACCUCGCCUUCAUACGUCUACGGAUCCGAAGCCAUGCUCGGCCUUGGUGGUGGUGCAUUUUUUCAAGCUGGCUACGCCGUUAUUCAAACUGUGGUUCCGCCAGCCAGAAGACUUAGGCUACGCACCCAAAUCGGGGGCAUUGCUCUUGGUCUUUCAUGCGCUAGCGCUCUUUUUGUCAACGGAGCCACCCUUGAUCUGCAGCAGCUCCUUCCCAACACGCCAACCGACGCGCUGCAGUCAAGUAUCACGGGCACAGGCAGUGCGGUCCUUGAGAAACUAUCACCGGAAAUGCGGGAAACCGCCCUCAAUCUCAUUAUUUCCAAUAUGAGUAAGACCUUUAUCUUCGCGUAUGUUGGGUCAGCCGUUGCUUUGAUUGGAUCCCUCGGUCUAUCGGUAUGCCCCGUUUAUCCAUUCCUCAUACGAUCCAAUAACAAGGAUUUUACUGACUGA